AUGCCGUUGGGGCUUACGCUAGGUGUUGCAAAAGCCGAAAAGGUGGAACUCUCCAAAGAUGCACCUCUGUCAGAAUGGCCGGGUGUGCGUGGUAUUUCUGGCUAUGAUGAGGGUAACUACGUCGCUGUCUUGUUCUUGGCUUGGGCAUACAUCCUAUCGGCGAAAUGGGCAGAGUUGCUCGAUCGCUCCGAGAUGCACCAGUGUUCAACGAAGUACUCAUACGAAACUGGCAAAGAACCCGAAGAUUCAGUUCAGCCAGAGGUGAUAGAGGUCGAUUUGCCUCCAGAUGCAAACGAAGCCGAGAUCGUCUGGUGGAACGCUGUACUCUCGGGAACACCAACAUGGGAUAUAUCCGUGGAAUAUGAGUCCGAGAAAUUCGUUUCUCCAUGGGCUGUUUCAUUAAGCGGAGCGACAUUAUUGCGAGCGAAACAAGAAAACCAUCUCCAGUCCUCAAUGCAUAAGCCUCCAUCAUCAACAACAGCCUUCCAAUACCUCACCCGGUUCUGCGAUCACCACCGCAUCUAUGCCCAAUGCACAGCAGCGCUAUCAGCAACCUUUUUCACGCGUAAUCCCUUGGUCCGCACGGCACCUACUCUUCCAAUCCCAAGAUCUGCCAAGGACUCCGAGUGCUACUCGACUCCAACAAGCCCCCAAUCGGUCGCGGCUCUAAUCUCCGAGCACGAAAAACUCCUCCCAUACUAUAUGACCCUAAGCAGCCAAGUGUGGUCCACGACCUUGCCCGCACUUACAAGUAUGUGCUUCAAUCCAGACAUACCCUGCAAUCUAGUCAGCGCAUGGAUCAACGCAGCCUUUGCAGUAAUGGAUCCAAUCGUGAAAGAAGGCGACAUCAUACGUCUUCUCAACGGCCUCUCAGCACAUCAACCGCGCCUAGCCAGUCUCUGGCUCGGCGCUGCGAUCAUGGGUGCGAGUAGCAUAUACCUGAAACACUGCGAGCAGGGGAUGACGGUACCUUCACUUGAGGCCGAGGCGUGGAUGGGGGUUACGACUACGUUUUUGACACAACCACCGCGUAUCUACGCUAAGGAUGCAGACUCCAUCCAGCGCGAGGAUGAGUGCAAGCUGCUGUUCCUCGCGACGCCCAGUGACGGGAGCUACGACCAUGGCUAUGUUAUUUGCUGGACGUGGAGGCCAUUUGGUAGUACAAAAGUCUGUGAUACGGAUAUUCUGCUUCGAGAGCAUCUAGGGUGUGGGUGCCAUGCUUUGGAAUAUGAGGGUUGGUCUUGGGAGCUUGGAGAUGGGUCGAGGAUUGAGGAUACGGGCGUAGAAGCCCGGCUUGCAUCGUUGCUUUAUUCGACCUCUACAUCUAGAUCUAUGUCCGCGCCUGUUUCUAUGUGUGUGUCUUGUCCGAAACAAGGGGCUACUUCUGCGGAUCUUCCCGCUCUACCGAAAGAUUGUGAGUAUGAUCUGUACUCAGAGCAGAAAUCGACUAAUCCCACUCGAGGGAUAUUUUGUUGGCUUCGGUUGGAUGGUUUCCCGGCGAAUGAAAAGGGGAUAUACCAGCACUCUUGGGUUGUGAUUGGGAGAAGAAAGGACGAGGAGGUGGAUGAAUACGAGUCUGAUGAUUCUACGGCUGGUGCUCGAGCUCAAAGAGUUGAAAAUUAA